AUGGCAGACUACGAUAGGAGAAACGGUGGACCACGAGGGGGCUACAACAAUAACCGCAAGCGGCGUUAUCGAGACGAUGAUGAACACGACCGCCGACCGCAGCGCAGAAGAUAUGAGGAACCUUUGCAUCUCAAAGUGCGGAAGCAGCUUCUUGGGGUCGCAGAAUCCCCGCUGAAGAGAACCGACGAAGAGAUCAGCAGUAUCGCGAAACUCGUCGUGGACAACUAUGACGAUGAGGCUAUCCGAAGACAGUUCUUUGAUUUGUCACUACAGAUUGUUGUCGAACAACCCUUCAAGAUCCCUUUUGUUGCUGCAAUACUUAUCGUCAUCAAUCCACAGAAACCAGAAGUAGCGCAAGAGAUAUUGACGAGGGCAGCAAAGGCAAUACAGGAAUACCUCGAGGCUGGACACUGGCGUGAAGUCAAGCUGGUCUUGCGGUUCUUGGCCUGCUUGCAGGGUCUGCUUGAAGAGGAUGGCGUAUUUCCAUUAUUGGAGGAGCUCUUUUCGAGAGCCGUCGACUUGCAGACUGCAUCUUCCGAAGAUAGCCUGGGCCUGGAACUCGUCAAGAUUAUCUUGCUUACGAUACCGUAUGCUAUGGCCUCCUCCGCAACUGGCUUUGAAGAGCGUGCGUUGGCACUGUUGGAUAAGACGGAUAUCAUUGCAUCUACGCCUCACGCCUUAGAAGCUCUCGUAAAUCCUUAUCCAGGGAACGAUGAAGGAGAUGCUCAGGAACCACAAAGCAUCAUCAAUUUGCUGCAAAAGCAACUGCAGGGAGAGGCAGGGCAAUCUUGGAAGCUGGCGUGCAUUCCCCGUCCUUGGAACGUCAGAAAGGAAGAAGAUACAACGGAUACAGCCGUUGCAUCAAAGAAGCAUGCUUUGCCUGAAAUCAACAUCCCAUCGCCCGUGGCACCAGGUCCACGGCCAAUGCUUCCCGAGAUAUACUUCUCAGUCUAUGCGGAUCAAGACAUUGAGACAGUCCCAUCAACGUCUGAUGUAGCAUCAUCAAUCCUCCGAGAUUCCCUAGUUGAUACCAUCAACAUCCUCGACUGCAACCGCAAUGCAACUGCCAAAUUUCUAAUCGAUCUCGAUUGUUACUUCUCCGCUGAGACUUUUGUCAAAAGAGCGACACAGUUCGACAAGCUACGGAACGUAGAAGAGGGUCGCUCGACUUGGAAGCCGGAGGAUGUCGCUGUUGACGCUGUGUUUUCCCAACUCCUGCAGCUACCUAUGGCGGAGCACAAGCUUGUCUACUAUCAUUCUGUCCUGACUGAGGCCUGCAAAAUUGCGCCGGCGGCAAUUGCACCUAGUCUGGGCCGUGCCAUUCGAUGGUUGUAUAAGAAUGUGGAUGGGAUGGACCUUGAGUUGGUGUAUCGUUUCAUGGACUGGUUCUCCCAUCACCUGAGCAAUUUUGGCUUCACCUGGAAAUGGACUGAAUGGGUCGACGAUGUACAACUGCCAUUGAUACAUCCCAAAAAGGCUUUCAUGAUGGGAGCACUGGAGAAGGAAAUCCGUCUCAGCUUCGCUGCGCGGAUCAGAGGGACCCUUCCAGAGCCAUAUCAACCACUCAUAUCGGAAGCCAAGGAAAAAGACACCCCCGAUUUCAAGUACAGUUCUGAUCAAAUGCCCUACUCCGAACCCGCCAAAGAGAUCCUUCGCCUUCUCCGUGCCAAAGCUCCCGACACGGAUUUACAAAGUCCACUCAGCACCAUUGAAGAGACCGCAGAGUCUCUUGGCGUGACAGAUCCACUCGUCCCAUCCACAGACGCCUACGUAACGGCAAUUUGCUUCCUUGGCAGCAAGUCUCUGUCCCACGUACUCUCGCAGAUUGAGCGCUGUAAAGACCGCCUCUUGUCAAUUGGAGCUAAAAGCGAACUCGCCCGAAGGCAGAUUAUUACAUCUGUUAUGGACUAUUGGCACGAAAAGCCAGGGAUAGGCGUCAAUGUGGUGGACAAGCUUCUAAAUUAUACCAUACUAACGCCGAUCAGUGUAGUCUUGUGGGCCUUAAGUGAUCAGCUAGGGAAAGGGGAAGGGCUUGUUCUGAGCCAUGUUUUCGAGAUGGUUAGCAGCACGGUGACAAAAGUUACCAACCGAGUACGUCAAAUCGUGGUCGCCCGCAAUCAGCCUGGCCUUCCUGGCGACCAGGUUGCGAUCCUCGAUGAGACUUUAAGCAAAGAGAGGGACGAGAUGGGAAAGCUCUUCGCUGUCAUCGAAGAUGGCUUGGUUGGUGUUGCUGGUGGCAGCGUGGAUGACAUGGCUGAGAGCGCGGAUCAAGGUUUGAAAGGGGAGGCGAUGUUAAGAGGUUGGGGAGGACGGUGGUUAAGGGUGUUCAGGAGGAAGAUGGCUGUCGAAGAAGCAUGGGUGCAGGAGACGAUGAGUUUUGUUGUGCAAGGCGUCGAUGCUUCUGGGUUGGAGAUUGCUGUGGAGCAGAACGGCAACGGGGAGGCAGUUGGCGAUGGAGCUGGAGAGGAGAUGCCUGAAGACGAGGCGCUCGCUGGGAUUCUGUGA